AUGCGCUCCUCAGGACUGGGCCUGCUGCUGUUGGCAACACUGUUGGCGUCUGCGCUGGCAGCUGUCUCCUACAGGGGACACAAAGUCUACCGUCUGGUGCCGACGGAGGAGCAGCUGCAGACGCUGUCUCAGCUGCGGGAGCACCCGGCGCUCGACUUCUGGUCGCGAGCUCACCGUGCCGGCCACCCCGUGGACGUGAGGGUGCCGCCCCACGUGCACGACCACUUCCGAGCAUUCCUCGAUCGCCAAGGAGUGCUGCACAACGUCCUCAUCGAUGACCUCGAACAGAUCUUCGAAAAGGAGCGAAAUGUGACGCUAGUGAGAUCCAUCCCCAAAAGCCCCGAGGACCGCAUGUCAUUCACCGAGUACCAACGCUACGAUGAUAUUCGGCAGUACCUGUCGCAGCUAGCAUCAAGCUAUCCCAGUACGGUGACUGAGCAGACCAUCGGAUAG